UCCUAUGCUUAUUACUAAGAUACGGCAAAACCCAUUUUAAAUAUCAUUGGAACAAUGAAGAAAAUGAUUGUUGCAGAUUGUAGAGAGUAUUUGGCAAAAAAAGGGAAUCUUUAUUUUCACCAUUCAGUUUAACCAAGAAGUACACUACUAGAUGAUGGAAUGCAGAGCCAGAGAUUUAAAAGAAACUGGCAUCAGUCCCGUGCAAAACCACAGGAAAAGAGAAAACCAACAUAAACAAAAAUGUCAUUGGUAGAAAAGGAAAAAAGUUGAUUAAAAAAUGACAUGUGACAGAAAAUUGGACAGAUUUAUGAUAUACUGAGAUAAUAACAAGAUUUUAUAGGUAGGUGAAAAGGGGAAAACGGUUUGCAUAAAAAUGACAUAUGCAAAAUCUCCUUUUCCUUCUCCCAUGAUGAAGUCACUGUCUUUAAAAGACUUGGCAUUACUUCACCCUUUUCAUUCACAUUCUCUUGUUUGCUCCCUUGAGGUGACACUAUUUAAAUUCUCUCCCCCUCCUCAACCAACACAUAUAUUUCUUGCCAUUUUCCAAGCCAUGUCGACCUCUAGAACCUCAGAUGUUUCCCUCAAAGGAUAUCAGUCUAAACCAACCCAAAUGAAUUUCUCUCUUCUUCAACGUAACGCAUCAACUUCUGGUGAGAGAAGAGGGCGAGGAAAGCAAGCAGAACCUGGAAGGUUUCUUGGGGUGAGAAGACGCCCUUGGGGUAGAUAUGCUGCUGAAAUCAGAAACCCUUUAACUAAAGAAAGACAUUGGCUUGGAACAUUUGACACUGCCGAAGAAGCAGCUCUUGCUUAUGACAGAGCUGCUCUGUCCAUGAAAGGAUGCCAAGCAAGAACCAACUUCGUAUACUCUAAAGAUACCAACAUUUUCCACAAUGCUCUCACUCCUUUCAAUUCUCAACCUCUCUUGCCACCUUCACAUAACACUCACAACAACAUGCAACUAACCAAUCAAACUACCCUAUCUCACCUUCCUACUUUCACUUCCCACAUUGAAAACCCUUCUUCUGACUUAUAUGCUGACAGUGAAACUGCUUUUGGGUCACCUCAGGAUGAUAAUUUCUUCUUCUCCACUCAGUCUAACUCUGGCUACCUUGAAUGCAUAGUUCCCGGUAACUGUUUCAAGAAGAGCAAUGCCAGUGCUUCAGGUCGUGACCUAGAGGUUGGCCACGUUAACUCAAACUCCAUGCAGGUUCAGCCACAUUUUGACACCACUCAAGAAGCCUUCAACAUGCAAGCAACAGUCGCCCCUGACUAUGCAGAUUUUUCUUGCCCAACUGAUCUUGGUAAAGGAUUAUGGGAUAAUCAUCAAUCAUGGGAUUGCAGUUCCAAUGAACUGGCAGCUAUGUUUAAAAAUCCAUCAAGGGUUGUUGAGGAAGGGUGCAUGGAUGCGUUGCAUCCAUUCACUGAUAGCUCAAACUAUGAGCUAAUGACUCAGGUUGUUUCUUCAAACACAUAUUCUCCAUCAGUUCCUCCCUUUGGGAAUGUUGGCUCGGCAUACUCACCCUUCUGA